AUGGAGUUAUGAAAGGAUCAAACUUUGCAUCCUUUUUUUUGGACACCUCUAUCUGUAUAAUGUAUUUCAUUGCUCAUUAUUUCCAGCAAUUUCUAUAUGUUUGAUUAUCAUAUUCUCUAUCUGCAUGAUGAUGCUGCCAUGGCACAGUCAGUGUUUAUUCUCCUCGAGAGGACUACACGAAAUCGGCUCUGCAAAAUUCCCCACGUCGUAAAUUUUACACGAUGCAAAUUAAUAAUCCAACACCUAUUAUAAUGAAAAUGUAACAUGCGCGCGGCGUGAUGUGCAUCAGCGCUCGUUUUCCAUCUAAUUGGCGAUGUAACUCGAGUACCAACGACAGGCAGAUUGCCUUUCGUCUAGGGCCCAUAUCCUGUUUUGCCAUCAUCAUCCAUACCCUCCCCAGUAAAUCACCCACUAUACACUCCCUUUUAACAAGGAGAUUGGAUUGUUUUUAAAAGCCCCCGCACUUGCAGUUUGGCCGCAGUGAAAGGCAGAUCGGCUGAAGCGAUUCUCUCCUCAUUGGAAAUGCUACAGUUGACACAAACGAGGCAAUAAUAUGUGGGUGGCUGUGCGUCUUCACAUCAACAUUUGGGAAACACCGGACACAAAUUAACGCUGUUCGUUAGUAGUCGGUUAGUAGAAGGUGGAAGAAUUGUUUUUACCGCGCAGAGAAAUCAGGAGCGAGCACUGGUGCCGUUGGGUCGUACAGCAAAGAUUUGUGGAUCAGCCAGGUACUGAUUCCGUCGAUACACCAUGGGAACCCCGUUCAAGGAUCUGGCUAAGCUGUUCGACAACAAAAUCAACAAUACGAACUUCAGCGGCGACUCCAUUAACGCAACUGCUGCGCCAGCGAACCGCCCUGGUUUUGAGUUUCAGAAGGUCCCUGCCGGCACCGUGGCCGCCUUUAUCCCGCUCUAUACGAGCGUCGUCAUUUUGUCGUUGCUGGGGAACGCCCUCGUUUGCCUCGCUGUGGUGCGCAACAAACGCAUGCGCAGUGUCACCAACUUCUUCUUGGCCAACCAGGCUCUGUCGGACAUCGUCAUGACAAUUCUGAACAUUCCCUUCACCGCAUACCACCAAAUGGUGCUUGACUGGCCCUUUGGCGACCUGAUGUGCCACCUGGCCGAGUACAUGGGCAUGAUGUCGGUCUACGUGUCCACGUUCACGUUGACGGCGAUUGCUUUGGACCGACACCGGUACAUAAUGUAUCCGCACCGGCCUCGCAUCGCAAAGCGCACUGCUUUGGGCGUCGCUAGCUUCGUUUGGGCUCUGGCGUUGUUGCUGUCCAUCCCGUACGCCCUCUUCCGUCAAACCGAAAUCAGGAACGGAGCCACGCUUUGUCUCAUCUCUGUGGCCUCCAAUGACCUCUGGUUCUGGAAGUACGUGGCCCUCGUGACAUUCUUCAUCCAGCUGCUGAUCCCUCUGGCCGUGAUAUCGGCAGCCUAUCUCCGCAUCUACCUGAAGCUGAGAGCUCGCGGGAACGUGGGCAGCGUGAUGGCCCAGCAUCAGCGGGCCAACAACAAGGCCAAGCAGCGCACCACUCUCAAGCUGGUCCUGUUCGUGGCCGUCUUCGCUGUCUGCUGGUGUCCGCUCAACCUCUACGUCUUUGUCACCAACUUCAACCAGAAGCUUAAAAGCAGCGUGCUGUAUCUCUGCCUGCACUGGUUCGCCAUGUGCAGCGUCUGCAUCAACCCCGUCGCCUUCGCUUUCCUCAACAAGAACUUCCGGAGUGGUCUGAAAGCAACGCUCCGUUGCGCCCGUGUGAAUGAUCGCGCCAAGCAUUCCAGAAAUCAUACAUCAGAAACUUUCCAAUAAACAAAAAAAAAGCAGUUCACCAUACCAUCAAAAUUCACCAUAAAACUAU